CUAUAAGUUAGGUUGAUCGGUGUGAUUACACAGCGAUUGUUUGCAAAAGUUUAACAGUUAAAUUCAUUAGAAUUUUCAAUAAAAAUGGCUUAUGUGGAUAAUAUUGUUCAACAGCACGCGUCUAUCGCUUCAGAGCAUAUGAUUCCAGAUUGGCUUAAUUCGGAACAGAGCACUGGAACAUCAAUCAUGGCAUGUGAAUUUGAUGGUGGCGUAGUGAUAGGUGCUGAUUCUCGAGGAACAACAGGAGCUUACGUUUCCAAUCGUUUUGCUGAUAAAUUAACGAGAGUGACGGAUUAUAUUUACUGCUGUCGUUCUGGCUCAGCGGCAGAUACUCAGGCGAUUUCCGAUAUUGUAGCUUACCAUUUAGGAUUGCAUCAGAUGGAACUUGGAGCCCAGCCUUUGGUAGAAACUGCUGCUAAUGUGUUCCGUGAAAUAUGCUACAACUACCGAGACUCCUUAAUGGCUGGAAUUUUGGUAGCAGGAUGGGAUAAGCAGAAAGGUGGUCAGGUCUAUAGCAUUCCCAUAGGUGGUAUGUGCGUUAGACAACCGAUCUCGAUUGGUGGUUCUGGCUCGACAUACGUGUAUGGCUACGUUGAUGCACAGUACAAGCCUAACAUGGCAAAAGACGAAUGUCUCAAGCUAGUGGAGAACACACUCGCAUUAGCCAUGGCUCGCGAUGGUAGCAGCGGUGGCGUCAUACGAACUGGUGUGAUUACGGAAAAAGGAAUCGAAAGGAAAGUCAUAUUGGGCAACGAAUUGCCGCGCUUUUACGAAGGUUGAAGAUUAUUAAAUCUCUGUUUUGCGAUAAGUUUAAUAUAAAAGAUAUAUUUAUAGAAAGAUACACAUCGCAUUUGCUAAUUAAAAUUGCAGGUAAAAUUUUGAUUUACUAUUCUUUUUUUAUAUUCCUUAAUGUGUAUACACUCUGAAAAUACGAAAAGUAUUUCAGUUCUGGCAAUGUAUAAAAGAUAAAGAAUAAAGUAAAACUGAUUUGUUAAAUUGCGUUAAUCUAAGCAUAAAGAAUAAAGGGAUAAAAACAUC